AUGAGAUCGAGGGGCACGCGUCCCGACGUUGUGACCUUCAACACUACGAUCUCUGCCUGUGCAUCCGGCAAGAAGUGGGCCGAGGCAUUGCAGCUUCUCGAAGAAGGAAAGAAGCUGCCUUCCGGUCCGGAUCAGAUGACCUACGGCGCAGCUAUCAGCGCUUGCGAGGAUCACUGGGAGCUGGCUUUGCAUCUUUUGAAUGACAUGUCGGCGAGCAAGCUGCAACUGAACGAGGUGACUUCGGCCUCGACCAUCCGCGCAUGUUCGAACGGGGACAACCCAGAGUCCGCGAUCGAGCUGUUGCGCGCCCUGCAGCAGAAAGCUGUCAGGCAAAACGUGGUCACCUACACGUCCGCGAUGGCUGCGCUCGGGGCUCUGGACAGCUUUCUAACGCGGUUGCCAGAUGAGUGGCCACCUCGACCACAGAUGGACCCCAAGCAUGAGGAGCAUGCCUUAGCCCUGGUGCAGCUGUGCCACUUCGGGUUGCACGGCUUGACCCGGGCCCUCUUGCCCAGCCGCCCCACAGCGGACUCCAUCAUCACGUUGCUCUUGCUCGGCCAAGAUUGGCUUAUCACUCUUCGAGGAACCAUCACCGUUAGGUGCUCCUCAAAGGUCUGUGGAUCUCCCUCGGGACCCAAGCGCCUCCACAACCGUCAGCUCGUUGUCAUGCCGGUCCUCCUCCAAGGUAACGGCUUCGUGGUCGUGCCCAUCCUCCUCGUCCCGGGCCGUCUCCUCAUGCCGUGGCCACUCAUCCUCCACUGGUCCACACCACGGCGUGCACUGGAGUCGCUGGAUCAGCUUUACUCGAGCCGGUGGCUCCUCUCCAAAAUGAAGGAUGACGCGGUGGAGAUGGACAUUGGGCUGUUCAAUGCAGCAAUGGGCGUGUGUCGCGAGGCCCAUGGCUUUGGACACUUACGGAAGCGGAAUAUUGGACAAGUCGAACAACUCUUCAAGGAUGUUCAGUAUCAUCGCUUGAAACCCGACGUCGUCACCUACAGCCAUGUGAUGGCAGCGGUUCGCGAGGCAGGCGAGUGGGAACGGGUCCUGGAAGUCUUGGAUGAGGCUUUCUUCCAAUCUCCGGCAAGGGCCUUAACAGCCAUUACUGGAGGUUCCGAUGCGACCCAGUGGCAGUAUGUUUGCACCUUAGCUUGGUUGUGCGUGUGGCAUGGGCCAUUGGCCCGUGAAGCAGUUGAUCUCGAUAGCACUGUUAGCAAGGCCCUGUUGCUGGCCAGAGGAAUGACGGAUAUUCACUUGUCUCCUGGCGUCGUGAGCUACACCGCCAUGAUGAGUGCUUGCACGCAUGGUGGGAUGUGGCAGAGCACCCUUCGGCUGUUGGACAUGUUGCAGGCUGCUGGCGAAGCGCCCAACUAUGUCACCAUGACGGCCGUGAUCAAGGCUUGCAUGACAAACACCAACUGGACUUUUGCGCUGCACUGGAAGAGCAUUCUGGACAAGCUCGGCGUGAGUGGAUACUUCACAACCUACACGUACCUCAUAUGGCUCUGUGCCGAGGCGGAGCAAUGGGAUUGGGUGGAGUAUCUGAUGGCCGAGAGUACCACCAGGUUUCCGAAUGCGGAGAACUUCGAUCAACGCCAGGCUGGCCACGUGGCCGAGCUUCCGGAUUUGAAUGUCCCCGGCUUUCGGUUGCCCCCGGAGGCAUCCGAAGAUCCAAGCCUGAUGAGAUCUGAUGCGGCGGCAUCGCAGUCUGCACCGUCGGUUUUUGCAGAGAGCGUGUGGCAACGACGAUUCGACGAGCCAGGCACACUUGCUGGGCAAGGAGACUCCACAGGAAGCGCAAACUUCCAGGUCGCUGAUUCCGAGGACUGGGCCGGAGUUUUGGAGCCUUCCAACAGCUUCAAAGGACAAGCGGAGCUGGACUACGAUGAGAAGCUGAAGCGACACGAGGCAUCGUUGACCUUGGCACAACGUCUGGGCUUGGUGGCGAAGCCGGCGCAGCCCCUUACCCACGAGCAGUGGGAGCAAGUGAAACAUGCCUCUGACUCUCGUCAAGACAGUGAAGUACCCUGCAGCAUUUGCCUGGAGGACUUCCGGACGAGACCGCAGGUGAUUCUAAGUUGCAGCCACGUCUUCCAUGGCGAGUGCUUGCGCAGCUUUGAGCGAUUUUCCGGCAAGCGGUACUGCCCCCUGUGUCGCUGUCCAUAUUUCGAUGCGACGAUCCACUAUUCAGGGCUCAUGGUUUGGCGAAAGAAGUCUGCAAGCAGAAUUCAGCGGGCAUGGCGUGGCUACCGCAGCCGUGGGGAGAUCUUCUUGCAGCUCCGGCAACCACAGCUUCGUGCGGAAGCCCCGACCUUGUCCCGGCCCUGUGCCCGCUGCGAAAGCUGUGCUUUGCUGUGGCCACUGUCGACAUACGCUGCCCGGGCGCCCUUUCUCGAGCACAUAGCAAGAGGCCUCGGGGGCCACGCGCGUCGUAGUUGA